AUGACAACAGCCGCGCUUUUCGGAUGCACCGGGGCAGUAGACUCACAAAUCCUGGCUACCCUGCUAGCCACAGACGCGUCUUCCUCGGUGAAAACGAUCUCAAGAAGACUCCCAAAUGCCCCAUUCCUGGUUUUCAACGCAGUCUGCACCACAACAGCGACGGCAGGAAGUAUCAAGAACCAGUGGAAAAUCGACCAUGACCUGUGUAUUGGUAACGCUCGCGCAGCUAAAGAUGCAGGCGUAAAGCCAGAUGUCUAUAUCUCAAGUGUGGGCACGAGAAGUUUGUUGUGGGGCUGGGUGCCGUACUCCAAGAUGAAAGUCGGCGUGGAGGGUGCCAUCAAGGAGCUUGGUUUCGAGAAUGCUAUCAUUCUGAGGCCAGGUAUGACUAUCGGGCGGGAAAGAUCUAAGGCUCCAAUUCUGGAGAAGCUUGUGGAAAGUCUAAAAAGCGAUCUAUCCACCAUCGGUAGAGCAGCUGUGGCGGCUACUCAUAGGACAGAAGAAGGGAAGGCGUUGUCGCGAUACUGGAUGUUAGAACAAGCUGAUAUUGUUCAGCUUGGUAGAGAUGAGUGGAAAGAGUAG